AUGACAGUUAUAAAAAGGUACGUCCUAAGGCUGUUCAUGUCGAUCAAGUACAUAACAGCAAACGUAAUCGACAGAAACAACGGGAGAGUAGUGACGACAGCUUCAACCGUAGAGCACGCAAUCAAGAACUCGCUAGAGUGUGGACGUACCUCCAACGCCAAAGCCGCGGCCAUCGUUGGAGAGGUUUUGGCGAUGAGGCUGAAAGUGGAAGGGCUCCAAGACGGGCAAGGAAGAGGUAUCCACGCCGAUGUCAAGAAAGAAAUCGAGAAGAAAGGUUUCAAGAGUCGUACCAAGGUUUGGGCUGUGAUUAACUCGUUGAGAAACAAUGGUGUUACACUCAUUCUUGACGAUUAUGAUGAUGACAAUGAUGGUGAUAAGGAUUAUCGUGAUCGUUCUUUCGAGGGUCAUCGAUAA